AUGGGCUCCCUUCUCAGAGGUGAGACGACUGGGCCAAAGGAAUCGCUUGAUGGCGGAGAUGCCUGGCACAAAUGCAGCCCUCCUAUGGUGCUUGGCGAAGCACCAAUAUAUCGGGCCAGUGACUCGACGCUGCAUUGGGUCGAUUGUCUCAGCGAACCAGCCGAGCUGCACAUCCUGAAGGUCAACCCAGAUGAUGGUGACGCAGAAGGAGUGCCACGAAUAUUGAGACUGGAAGACAGCGUCACUGUCGCCUUCUUCCGCAAAGGACAUCCGGGCUCUUACAUCUGCGCAUAUUAUCAAGGAGUGGCUUUUCUGGAUGAAAACACUGGCAAGCUGGAUGUUGUCAAAGAGAUUAUACCGACUGCAGAUCGUGACCUAUUGAGGUUCAAUGAUGGGGGUGUGGACGCUAGAGGAAGAUUUUGGCUGGCCGAAAUCGAUAAGAAGGCCAUGGCAUACGGGCCUAACAAGCUACCAUCUAGCUACGGUAAGCCGAAGGGUCGCUUAUGGCGCUAUGAUCCGGAUGGAAGCCUGUACCAGAUGGAGGACGGCAUUGUUUGCGGUAAUGGUCUGGCGUGGAGUCCAGACAACAAGACCAUGUACUUCAACGACUCCGUCGCGAUGAUGGUGUUUGCUUACGACUUUGACGUUGAGUCUGGGAACAUUUCAAACAAGAGGCUUCUGAUCGACCGAAGGUCGUCAUAUGGUGAGCCUGAUGGAAUGGUAGUUGACACUGAAGGUAAUCUCUGGAUUGCUGUAUUCGACUCACAUCGUGUAAUGGUCUUCAGUCCCCAAGGUGAACAUCUGAAGGACAUUGUAUUUACUGCCAAUAACAUGGCAUGCACUACUUGGGGUGGUAAGGAGUUUGAUGUCCUCUACAUUGCAACAGGUAGAGACAGAAGUGUCAGCGCUAAGGUGGACGACGAAGGUGGCCACCUAUUUCGCUAUAGACCAAAGGGCUACCGCGGGUAUCCCAAAUUCGAAUUCGCAGGAUAG